UCAAACGAGUAAAUAACAUGGCCAUUCUGAGUAUAAAAGAGCUAGUGUAGUGCUGUAAAUGACCGGCAGUCGAGCGUACUUACUCACGAGUGGAGCAACCGGGAUAGAUAUACAAUACAAAAAAAGAGCGAAACAACUAUAUGUGAACUAUCGCACCGUGCCGACGAACGAAAGAGCGCACAAAGCGUAAUGUGCAAGAAUUGAAAAAAAUCAUCAAGUAUAGAGGCCAAAAGCAAACGCAGCAGUUGGGCGAUUUAUAAUAAUUUUUAAUAAAUAACCAAAAGAAACGCAUGCUAGCUGCUUAAAAACAGGCAAUUGAAUGCAAGCGCUGAACAAAUUGCGAGACAGAGACACGCACACAUACAUAUAGACACCCGCGCGUUCCGUAGUUGGAGCGGAGCAAGGAGUCUGUGGAAGAGGAAGAGGAGUGUGGAGCGGAGAAAGAGGCAGCCAGGCAGCGCUGCAUUAUCUGCCAUUAUCUUGCAAGAAGAAGAGGCAGAACGCAGAAGAAGAAGAAGCACGAAUAAGGAAUAAGCAAAUAGCCCAAAAGGGGGGAACAGCGCGGGUGUCCACAAGCUGAUGCCACUACUGGAAUAACAAUAAAAUUAACAGCAACAACAAUAACAGCAGCAGCAGCAACAACAGCAAUCAACAAGAGAAGCGUAUUGGCGAAAACUUUGCAUUGAUGGUAAUGCAUGCUAGAAAACCGCAGCGAAUGAACGAUGGGUACUUUGAGAAGCAUACCAGUCACACAUCCUACCAGAGUUCAAAGUACAGCAGUUCAAAGCGCGACUAUGAACGCGAUCGUUCCUCCAAUUAUCGCGAUCGUGACAUCUCACCUGGCGCUGGAGGCGGCGGCGGCGGCAACGGUGGUGGAGGCGGCGGCAGUGGCGGCGGUGGAGGCAGCGGCGGCGGCAACGGUGGUGCUGGUGCACCACUGAAUAAUGGCAACAGCUAUCGAUCACAGUCACCAGACAUAGAUUCACCAUCGUCUCGAUCGCAUGAUCUGCGCGAUCGCAACGAUCAUCGCAGCAGUGGUGGUGGUGGUGGUGGUGGCGGCGGCGGCAGUGGCGGUGGCGGCGGUGGUGGUGGCGGCGGUGGUGGUGGUCGUGGUGGCAGCAACGAGCGCUACAGUUUCUUACAAAAGAUGCGUGAACGGGAUCGCGAUGCCUACAAGAAGGAUAAAUAUUCCGAUAAACGUGAUCGGCGGGGCAAUGAUCGCGACUCGGAGUCAUCGUAUCGCACGAACCACGACAGGGAUCGUCGUGGUGGUGGUGGCGGUGGCGCUAAGCUCUGCUCGUCGCGGGACAACGAUAAACGUUCUGGUUCCGAUGAUCGGGAUCGUGAGCGCGAGCGCGAUUUGCGCGACAAACGUGACAGGGGCACCGAUCGGGACAGGGACUUGUACAAGAAGGACAAAUAUGCAGACAAACGCGAGCGCAGCGAUCGCGGAGAGCGUGUGGCGCGCUAUGGCGACUGGAGCGAGCAUGUGAGCUCCUCUGGCAAAAUGUAUUACUACAACUGCAAAACUGAAGUCUCCCAAUGGGAGAAGCCUAAGGAAUGGGUGGACAGAGAAAGAAAUUUGCCGCGUGAUCAGCAUCGUGAAAAGGAGUAUCGCGACAAGGAUCGGGACAGAGACCGCGAUGAUCGCUUUUCAAGAUCGACAUACAAACAUUCCAAUUCAUCGCGCAGCAAUUCACGACUGAGAUGGAAUUACGACAACGAUGGUGGCCCGCCCAGCCAUCGAAGGCGUUUGGAUGGUCGACAUAACGAUAAUGCUGAUAUGGAUAUCAGCGGCGACUCAACGCCCACCUCGGAGGCCAGUUAUUCGUUAAGCGGCACGCCCACAACACAUGGUGGCAGCGGCGGAGGCGGAGGCGGCGUUGGUGGUGGCGGUGGUGGUGUUCAGUCCAACGAACAGUCGUCAAUGAUGCCACAGGGGGCAUUAAGCAAUGCACUGCCACGACUGGCCUCCCACCCAAACUCCAGCGCAGUGGUUACGCCAAUGGGCGUCGCAGGUGCUGGAGGUGCCGGUGGUGGCGGUGGAGUUGGGGGACCGGUAAGCGGCGCAACAAUGCUGCCCACCAGCGGAUUGGCCUCGGUGCCGUCGAGCAUUGCCAACAGCAGUAGCAGCAGCCUUAGAAACUCAGUUGUCGGCCACAUUGGCUCAACGUCCAGCACAACUGUGCCGACGCUGGCGAAUCAGGAGCAGCAUCAUCCGAACUCGAAUUCGUCUGUGGCGGGAAGCAAACUGCUCAGCGGCGGUGUUGGCGGCGUUAAGGAUCAGCAGACGGCGCUAUUGAUGCGACAGAAGCUACACUUGGCCCUCAGCGGUCUGGAUGUGUCGCAUCAUCACAUCAGCAGCAGCAGCAGCAGCGGCAGCGGCUCCAUUGCCGAUGUCAAUCAUGCCUACAAUACGGUCAACAAUGUGACUGCCAGCCUAUGCAGCCUGAGAGAUAAUCAACACAAUUCGCCGCUGUGCAUGCCGCAUGCUGCUGCCCAUCACAGUCUGUCGCCGUCGCUGAGCUAUGCAAAGAGUCCGAUACCAACGAUUGUGAGUCACACGAACAAUGUGAAUGCCGCCAGCAGCAACAAUGCUUACACCUGCAAUGCACCGUUUGGCCUCAAGACGGUCGAUGGGAUUGCUGUUGGCGUUGGCGUUGGUGUUGGCGUCUCCUCCUCCUCAUCAGCAAACGCGGCGAAUGCGUUGGCCAAUUGUAAUGCUGCCAUCGUUGGCGGCGGCAGCGGCAGCAGCAGCAACAACAGCAACAACAGCAACAGUAACAACAGCAAUAAUAGCAGCGGCAGCAGCUGCAGCUUAUCGGGUCUGGGCACUGUCAGCGGCAUUAGCGUCAUCACCUCCAUGGGCAGCAACAGUCUGUGCGGGAGUCAGUCAGCGGGCGGUGAGGGUCCGCCGACGCCCACACAGGAACUAGAUUUAAGUGGCACACUUUUGGAGCAACACCAGCAACAAAUGGCAGCGGUAGCAGCAGCCGCAGCUGCCGCAAUGGCUGCCGUUCAAGCAACGCAACAGGCAGCGUUGCAGCAGGCUCAACAGCAGCGCAAACUUGAUGGCACCGGUUCGGGCACUUUGAGCACGCUGCAGAGCUGUGUGGCCUCGGUACAGGCUGGAAAUCUGCGCGGCCCCGAAAUAUCGCCCAAGUUGGCCAAAUACUUUCGCGCUGAUCUAAUUGCGCACGUGACCAACUGGCAGGCGGAGGUGCUGGAGCGACAGGCGCAGAAGUGCUGCGAGGAUACACAUCUGCUUGGGGACAUCACCUGCACACGGAUAUGCGCUGAACUGAAAUGUGCCCGCAGUUUGGUGCGCACCACGGAGAUCAAUGCUACGCUGCAAGAACAGAAAAUCAUGUAUCUGCGCCAGCAAAUCCGUCGCAUUGAGGAGUCGAAGACUCAGAACGCUUUCAUGUCGGACGAUACUUAGGAUCAGGAGCAGGUUAGGCUGCGCGUGCAUCGCAAGCUGUCUGUCAGGCUCAAAAAGAGCCCACUUUGGCGCAGCUGAUGAUAUUGAUAGUCCCCCUGCCCCUUGAAUUUUUGCUCCCCCCCUUUAAAUACUGAAGCAGAUCAUCAAAUUAAGAGCUCAUCAUAAUAAGAAUAUGAUGAUGGGAUGAGCAACAACAACAAGGGGGUGGCAGGGGGCAGGACAAUCACACGUGCAUCCUGCCUUGUUGACGACGGCGGACAUUCUCCUCUCGGUGGUUGACUGUGGCAACAACGGGACAACUGUGCUCGUGGCAGGCAAACAGUUGCCCCGCCAAAUGGUCGACGACAGCAAACAGUAGAGCAGCGGCAGCAACAGCAACAACAAACAGAAACAAACAGAAACAACCAACACGGACACGAUGAUAAUGAUAAUGAUGAUAAUGAUGAUGAUGAUGAUGAUGAGAAGAAGAAACACAAAAACCUAAAAGAUAAUUUAUAAUUAGCAAUGCGUAAUUAAUAACUUAAAUAGGCAAUGGAGCGCAAUGGAAAUAUUGUGCUUAUUUUGCUUCUAUUUAAAAACAACAGCAACAACAACUCCAGCAACAACAACAACAACUCCAGCAACAAGAAAAACAAUUAAGAAACAACACCAAUAACAAUAACAAUCGCAACAAUGUUGUAAAACUAAUUUAAAACGGAAGAGACUACAGACAAAAACAAAUUCAAAUAAACAAAUAAACAAAAAAACAAAUUUUAACAAAUUCAAGAAGCAAUACGAAAGAAGCCUUCUCGUAUCGAAUUGAAGAAACAACAAAAUAACAAAAUUGAAACCAAAACACCAACAACAAAAACAAAAAACAAAAAAAAAAACAAAUAAAAGAAAAAAACAAAAGAUAAAGGAAACCAAGUCAACCUAGUAUACUCAACUGCAAUAAAAUGCUACUUUAACUAUAUAAUAU